CGUAAUUGAAUCGUUUGGGUGAGGGCUGAGGUCGCCCGUUCUUUAGUGCUAGUGAAUUUCUGGGAACGUGAAUUAUUUCAAUGUAAUUCGAAUGAAAUCGAAACAAUCUCGAAUCGCCUUUGACCGUGACCAAGUCUUUCCAACACACCCGUGAACAUGUUGGCUUCAGGAGGGUUGCGUCAAAUGUUGAUUGCGGUAUUAUGUACGCUCGUCAUGCUCGACAAUGGUUUUCACGACGGAUGGGCGACGCCGUCGCUUCCGGACUUACUAGCUGAAAAUUCUGACAUCAGAUUAACAGAUUCCCAAGGUGGAUGGCUGAUAGCCUAUCUGCACGUCGGUAUAGCGAUUGGUCCUUUAUUGGCACUUUAUGCGGUGGAAAAGAUCGGUAGAAAAUGGACACUGGUGUUAUCCGGAUUACCCAAAAUAAUAUCAUGGGUCCUCAUAGCGUUUGGUUCGAAUCGUUAUUGGUUGUACUCGGCGAGAUUUUUCGGCGGUGCGGGAUCUGGAAUAACGUUGACAGUGACGCCUAUUUACAUAGGAGAAGUCGCUUCCAAACGUUGGAGAGGACCUAUGAGCGCUACCAUAGCUGUGAUGAUAAACGUCGGCACUUUACUCGUCUACGCGAUCGGUCAUUACGUCAAGCGCAAAUUGUUGGCCUUGAUAUGCCUGUCCGUUCCGAUCACCUUCAUAAUCACCUUCGUAUGGAUGCCGGAGUCGCCGGUUUAUCUUGUGAGAAAAAAUAAAAUAACGGAGGCUGAAACGGUCCUGAAAUGGUCACUGGCGGAAGAAAACGUCGACGAAUCUAUGGAGGAAAUAAAACGCUACGUCUACAGAAACGAAUCGUCGAAAGAGAACGGUUUCCUUGAAAAUUCUCGGGAGUUGUUCAGCAGACGUGGUAACAGAAAAGCGUUGAGAAUCGCUCUGAUUUUAUUCAGCGGAUUAAUGUUAUCUGGAACUGUACCUAUCCUCUCGUAUCAGUCGGAAAUAUUCGAUCUAGCUCAUAUCAAGAUUUCAAACGACGUCAGUAUAAUCGGCGCCGGUUUCGCGUUGGUUAUAGCCGGUUGGGUUUGCGUCUCAUUGGUUAAAAUCACGGGCAAGAGACUUUUGCUUCUAAUAUCGACACCGCUCACGGCCUUUUUUUUGGGGGCCAUCGCGAUGUAUUUCACCCUCGAAAAAUUCGGCGUCGAAGUCGAUUCCUGGAAUUGGGUUCCCCUCAUCUCGAUGUACGGCUACGUCAUGUUUUACGCACUGGGUUUGGACUCGAUGGCCUACGCUUACCAGGGAGAAGUAUUCCCGGAUAAUGUCAAGGCACUUUCCGCCGUUAUUUGCUCUCUUUAUUACGCGUUCCUUGGAAUAACCACGGUUCAAGGAUAUCAGACAAUGCAGGACUACUGGGGAAUCGAGGGUCCUAUGUGGUUUUUCGCAAUCACAACGUUCGUAAUAUGGAUCGUUAUAUGGGUAAUCGUACCGGAAACGGAGGGAAAAAGUCUUGAAGAAAUUCAAAGAAUGUUACACGAAGAUAAAACAACGAAACAAAUCCUAUCACGAGCAUCAAGUUUUAUUUUUAAUGACAUUUAAAUGAGGAACUUACAUAGUUGUAAGAUGCACAAGAACAAGGGUAGCUUUUCCACGAACGAAAUUGAUCGAGAAAUACCCCCUUGACGAAGAGAAAGGAAAGCUUUUACUCACUUUACUGUAACUAACAGACAACCAUCUGUAUCAUAUUCAUAUUUACAUUUUUCUGGAUAACUUACGAGUACCUCAAAUACAUUUUUAUUAUUUUCUUCUU